AUGAAAAAACUAAUUAUUACUACUGAAGAAGCUGAGAAAGGAUGUAGUAAUGAUAAUCAAAUUGAAGCCAUAAAUCAGAAAGAGCUGUAUAAUAAUAACGAAGCUGUAAAUCAGAAAGAGUUGUGUAAUAAUAACGAUAAGACUGAAGAUGA